ACGACGGAUAGCCUAUGGAUGGCACGAAAGGACAUCAUUCAUCAUCAGCCAAAGCAAAAUCUGGAUACUGAAGGAAUGGUCGCGAUGCUCAACCAGAUCUGUUGGAGAGGGGAUCAAGCGCGUUUGUUAGGCUUUCCCCAGAGGCAGCCAUUGCUUGUCUCCAGGUAAUUCGCGAACUUUAAAUGUUAAUGCCAUACUACAAGUCAAUAUCAAGACAGCUUCCCGAGGUUUCAUUCUCUGGAGAUGCGAAGAGUGAGGGAUGGGUCCACCCCCUCUGAGGAGAGGGGUUGUCCUCUGAAGUCUGGGGCAAGAUUGCAGAAGACGUGAUGAUCGUGGGGAAAUGUCAAGCGUUGAGAGAGAAAAUACCCACCCUGCCGCAGAUUCCUCCCCCCCAUUAGCAAAAACAGAGAACUGAACACAAUCCAUGCACAGACAUGAGGAACGAUUCAUUCAUCAGUAUCAACUUCGGAAUCGAUAUUGGAGUGCCCUGGGGAUAGCCGACACGCGAUCAGCCUCAAGUUCCCCAGGUGCAACUACUUAGCAUGAUUGACCUUACAGCUCCAAACUCCAAAUCAUCACCUUGUUGCGUUGAAGAAGACUGAGAACUUAGAACAAAAUGACAUUUUAAUUUGAGACUAAAUUGUUUUAGCUGUCAGACUUGUCAGUAGAGUCACCGGUUGGUUGGAUUGAACAGGCCAAUCCAAUCCAAUUCCAUGUAUCCAGAUGAAAUCAUGGUGAUUGGCCAUUUGUCCGUAGGUUAUGACUCUACCUGCGCACCCAUACAAUGAGACAACAUACUAUGCCAUUCACCUUUGUUGUAGGUUGUAACCAGCUCCUCACCUACUUCCCUCCUCAUUGUUGACAACUUCCAGAGAUCAGGGCCCGUCCUCUUACACUGUCAACUUGGACAGAUUAAUUUAUUUCUUGUACAUUAUUCCUACAAAGCUUCUUGACACAAUGGCGGCCAACCCCUUAGCCCAUUCUGACUUAGUCCCCAGUACAAUUUGCCUGGUUGAUGUUGCAGGAGACGCUCAGAACGAACAGUAUGACCAAGAUGGGAAAGACAUCAUGUUCAUCCCUAGACCAAGUUCGGACCCAGAAGAUCCAUUAAACUGGAGCCGGAAAUGGAAAUUCACGCAAAUCGCAAUGGUUUACAUACAUACCCUCAGGGUCGGCAUUCCGACAACGGUGCAGUACAGCGUGCUCACUGAUAUCACAUGGUAUACCGGAAUUUCGACGGGAGAGCUUCUCACUGGAACUGGACUUAUGUUCCUGUUUUUAGGAUGGGGGUGUUUGAUCUGGCAACCACUGGCCCUCACUUAUGGCCGCUGAGGUGUUUACAUCUUGUCUUCCUUACUCCGUGUACCGGUUAUGGCUUGGACUGCAUACUCAAACGCCGGAAGCGCAUGGUAUUCCCAUUGAAUCCUUCUGGGAGCUUUCGCUGCACCUCUAGAGUCCCUGUCAGAGAUAUCUGUUCCAGAUAUUUUUUGCCCAUGAGCGUGGCCAGUGGCUGUCGACAUAUGUCCUAUUCCUAUGUGGUUCUAAUUUCAUCGCGCGACUAAAAUUCCACUACCACUCAAUCUGGUGACGAGAAGGCUGGUGCCGAUUUCAAUAUUUUAAAAUGAUGUAUUGUCCUCUCUAAUUAUGUUACAUUUCCCGUGCAUGGGCUGGUCUGGGUUCCUUUAUGGUAUUAGCCUCUCGUGGUAUAAUGUGAUGAAUGGUAUUGCAUCUCCCAUUCUUUCCUGAAUGGGAUUGAACAGCCAGCUCUGCAGCCUGUAUGGCUCUGAUUAAUCUGAUAAUGGUGAUAGGGGUGAUACAGGGUGGAACGGGGUGGUGGUGGUAGAGGGGGUAG